AUGGAAAUGACUGUACGGCACGAACUAGGCGACGAUGACCAGCGUGAUUACCCGCCACUGGCGGUGCCAAUCACAGCAGUACUAGGAAAUGGAAAUGACAUCUGUCCCAUCAGAAGCGCUACCAUCUUUUCACUGAUGAUAGUCGUACUUGCCGGUUUCAUGGACAACAAUCUUCAGUUGGGACCACAUCGGUUCACAACGCGCUUUUCGGCACAGUUGCAAACUGGUCCACCGAUCAAUAUUUAUGAGAACGAUGUCGAUCAUUCUACAUCAAGUUACGUGACAACUGUGGACGUCGCAACGCAGGCAGAAGUGGCCGGUGUGGUGCACUGGUGCCGUUUUACCGUAAUCGCGGCUGUCGUCUCCAACGACGAAUUGAGCGACGAACGGCAACGGCUGACGGCUUUUUGCCCCAUUCACAGCUGUUGCCGUGCCGCGGCUCAGGCUCCAAGUUACGGCAGAGAGUUAUGGACUCGGUUGUUAGCAACCGACGAAAAAUUCGCCACAGCGCUGCUUGUCACCGAGAUGAAAAAUGGCCUUGUCUCUCCCCUCUCAGAAAUCAGCGCUCGUAGCCUGAAUAUUCAGCAGCGACCGUAA